UCACGCGCUUUGUUUCUUACGAUGGAAUCAAAGGACCAAGACCGAAAUAUCAAAACGUUUUUUGACCUCUUAUUAUUUUGUCUUCGGUUCCAAUUUUUAGAUCCAAAUCUAAUUUUAGAAUUUUCUAAAGCUUUUUAAAUUUUAGAUCUCUCUGCACUGAAAUCGAAUCGAAAAAAAAAAUCCCCAAAAAAUGGCAAAUAACAAUGGUAGCAACGGCAAUGAUCGCGAGGAAUCGAGUCCUCUUUUGAGCAAACAAGUUGUUGAAGAAGAUGAGAAGAAGAAAUUGAAUGGUCAAAAGUCAAAGGAGGCAACAACCAAGGUGGAAGCUUCGCCGGAAGUUAGUACCGGGGCUGGGUUUGGGUGGACCGCCGAUGGGCUGCCGUUGGUCCACGGGAGUGUUGUCGGAGAACCCAUGGGCCGUUCCCAGUGGGACUCCUCCCUCCUUGCUUGUCUUGGUCGUAACGAUGAGUUUUGCAGCAGCGACAUUGAAGUUUGUCUACUUGGAAGCAUGGUCCCCUGUGUGCUGUAUGGAAGCAAUGUUGAAAGACUUGGAUCUGCUCCUGGGAUCUUUGCAAAUCACUGUUUGCCUUACACUGGUCUGUACCUGAUUGGAAAUUCCUUUUUUGGCUGGAAUUUUCUUGCACCAUGGUUUUCAUACCCUACCCGUACUGCCAUUCGGCGGAAGUUUAAUCUGGAGGGCACCUGUGAGGCACUUAAUAGGUCAUGUGGAUGCUGUGGAAGCUGUGUUGAAGAUGAGGUGCAACGUGAACAGUGUGAGUCAGCCUGUGACUUUGCAACACAUGUUUUCUGCCAUGCAUGUGCACUUUGCCAGGAGGGCCGCGAGCUUCGUCGAAAGUUGCCUCAUCCAGGGUUCAACGCUCAGCCUGUCCUGGUCAUGAUCCCUCCUGGUGAGCAGACAAUGGGCCGUGGUGCCUGAGUGCAUGAUGCCUAUGUCCUGCCUUACAGUUAAAGAACUCUAAUAGCUCGACUAUAUUUUUAUCAGUGUGAUGUCAUGUUGUAGAAUAAUGUUUAAAUGUUUUAUCUACAUUGUCUAAACUACCAUCAGAGGAUGAUUGCUUGGUUUGGCCAGACCAAAACAACAUAUCAUAUAUGGGGUUUCACCUGUUUUGUGUGUAUAA